GUAGCAGACUAUUGAAGAAAAUUAGACUGCCAAAUAAAAUAAUUUAUUUUAAAAAUUUUCCUACUUUAUCUUCCUCUAAAUUGGAAUCUUUAAUAAUUUAAAAUUAUUUUCUAUAGUAUAGCCUAAACUUUUUGUUAAAAAUUGAGUGUUGGCUUCUAUAUUUAGGAUAAUUGACAAUCGGGGUGAGUGAAUUCGUGGACGAAAAAUGUCUGGUGAUCAAAAAACAUUAUUAAAGGGAAACCCAUCUCAAUAUGUUAAGUUAAAUGUUGGUGGACGAUUGUAUUAUACUACUAUUGGUACUUUGACCAAAUGUGAUACAAUGUUGAGCGCUAUGUUUAGCGGCAGAAUGGAAGUUUUAAUAGAUUCAGAAGGAUGGAUACUUAUAGAUCGUUGUGGCACACAUUUUGGAACUAUUUUGAAUUAUCUGCGCGAUGGUAGCGCCAUAUUGCCGGAAUCAUCGAAGGAAGUUGCAGAAUUGCUUGCUGAAGCCAAAUAUUAUUGUAUAACUGAUCUAGCAUUAUCUUGCGAAAGAGCUUUAGACAAAAAUAAGGAACCUGAGCCAAUAUGCAGAAUACCAUUAAUAACCUCUCAAAAAGAAGAAGCGCUUUUAAUAGGUUCGUCAACAAAACCGGUUGUUAAAUUGUUGGUUAAUCGACAUAAUAAUAAAUAUUCGUAUACAAAUACCUCUGAUGAUAAUUUGCUCAAGAACAUAGAAUUAUUUGAUAAACUUUCAUUGCGUUUCAGCGGUAGAAUACUAUUUAUAAAAAAUGUUAUUGGAUCAUCGGAAAUUUGUUGCUGGUCAUUUUAUGGUCACGGAAAACGAGUUGCUGAAGUUUGUUGUACAUCAAUUGUAUAUGCAACUGACAGAAAACACACCAAAGUUGAAUUUCCAGAAGCCAGAAUAUAUGAAGAAACAUUACAAGUUCUUUUAUAUGAGAAUCGGAAUGCACCAGAUCAAGAACUUCUGCAAGCAACAUCAUCGGUUCGAGGAGCAGUAAGUGGCGCUGGUCUUCAACAAUAUACAAGUGAUGAAGAAGAAGAAAGAACUGGCUUAGCGAGAUUAAGAUCUAAUAAACGUAAUAACCCAACAUGAUUAGCAAAUCAAUUGAUGGUUGGUUUAUUACCAAAGAAGAAAUAAUAAAAAUAUACUAUAAUAAAACCUAUAUCUUCAGACAUAAUACUAAAUAUUAGCUCUUGUAAAAGGGUAUAUAAAAUGAGCAUUAAUCAGACACUACUUGUGAAUAGAUAAUACAUACAUUAACAAAUUUUAAAUUUAAGAGUAAAAUAGUGUCAAAAUUAAUCUCGGAUUAUUAUAUUCUCGGGAAAGAUGAUAGGAAAAAAAUUCAAAGCAAUUAAUUUGGCAAUAAUGUGUGAAGUCGUAAAAGAUGUUUGUGAGGAGAAAGAUUAACAAAUAAUCUAGGCGACUUCUUUCCAUUAUCAGACUAAUUGCUACCUUUUUUUUAAACACUUUCAUCUUUCUAAAAGUCUGAAACCCAUCUUAGUAAAAUACAGUCGUCAUAACAAAAGAGGGUAUCUACCCUUAUAAAAUAUAUUUUCAUAUACGUAAUAUUUUAAGAAAUGAUAAUUUGGCAAAGAAAUAAUUUCACACACAUAAGUAUUUGUUUUUCAACAUUUUAUUACAUAUUAUUUUUAAAGCAAAAAAUAUGUGUUAUUUCAUUUUUAAUAAAUUAAAGCUUACACACGAUUCCUCUAAAUUUUUACAAUCAUUAGGAAACAUAUCUAGCUAUAUUUGAAACGUUUAUAUUUAAGAGUUGAAUUGUGAAGCUAUAAAUGUACUUUAAAAUA